AUGGACGCGCCCGUUUCAGGCUCAGCGCUGUAUAGUCCUCAAGGACUCGCAACCAUCCUUGGAACUAUCCUUCUAAUCAUACCAUCCUACUUCCUAUGUACCGCCAUCUACAACAUCUACUUCCACCCACUAUCCCACAUCCCCGGCGAGAAGCUCGCAGCCGCAACCUGGGCGCCGUACAUCUACCACCUCCUCAGCGGCGACCAAGUCAAAUGGGUGCAAAAACUCCACACCAAAUAUGGCGAGGCCGUCCGCCUCUCCCCUACCGAAGUCUCCUUCAUCUCCGGUGAGACAGCCUGGCAAGACGUCUACGGCUUCCGCACGGGCAAGAACAAAACCCCGCCCUACCUCAAAGACAGCGCCUUCUAUGCCGCCUACCCGAACGGCUACCCCAGCAUCGUCGGCGCCGGCGAAGAGCUGCACCAGCGCCUCCGCCGCAACUUCGCGCACGCGUUCUCGGACAAAGCACUGAGGGAACAAGAGCCGCUGAUCCAAGGCUACGUCGACCUCUUCAUCAACCGCCUCGAGGAGGAGAUGGUCAACGGCGCCACCGACAUCCUGAAGUGGUACAACUGCUUCACCUUCGACAUCAUCGCGGACCUAACCUUCGGCGAGCCCCUUGGGUGCCUGCGGGACCGCGGCUACCAGCCCCUCGUCAACCUCACCUUCUUUCUGGCCAAAGGCCUCGGCCUCAGUUCCACGAUCCGGCGCUUCCCGCAUCUCCAGAGCAUCGCGCGCCGGAUGCUGCCCAAGGACGUCCUCGCCAAGCAGCUGGACUUCAUCACGCGCGUCUUCGGCCUCGUGCGCGUGCGCAUGGCGCGCGAGACGGACCGGCCGGACUUCCUGACGCAAGUGAUCCAGAACCAGGAGGCCGGGCGCACACCGCUCGCGACGGGCGAGAUCGAGUCGAGCAUGGCCGUGUUCAUGGUUGCGGGCAGCGAGACGACGGCGACGAUGCUGAGCGGCACGACGUGGUUGCUGCUGCAGCACCCCGCGGUGCUGGAGACGAUGGUCAGGGAGAUUCGCGGCAGGUUUAAGAGCGCGAGCGAGAUUACGGCUGAGGCGGUGAGUAAGCUGGAGUAUAUGAUUGCGGUGUGUGCGGAGGGGUUGAGGUUUUAUCCGCCGGUGCCGACGGGGUUUCCGAGGGUGGUGCCGAAGGGGGGGGAUCGGAUUAGUGGGCAUUGGGUGCCGGAGGGCUCAUCCGUCUACGUCUCGCAGUACCCAGCCAACCACUCCGCCCGCAACUUCGUCGACCCAGACUCCUUCGUCCCGGAGCGCUGGCUAGGAGACGAGCGCUACGCGGCCGACAAGAAGGCCGUCUACAACCCGUUCUCGUUCGGUCCCAGGAAUUGCCUAGGGAAGCAACUUGCUUACGCCGAAAUGCGCCUCAUUAUGGCCCGAGUCUUCUGGACCUUCGACCUGGAGCUUGUGGAGAAGGAGACGAACUGGCUCGACCAGAAGGUGUUUAGCCUGUGGGAGAAGCCGCCGCUGAUGGUGAAGCUUACGCCGGUUGUGCGGGACUGAGGCAUUUCGUGGUGUAGACUAGGCGGCUUGGGGGGGGGCGAUUGAGCGAGGCGUUGGUGGAUCCCUAUGAAUUUUUGAGGUUCAUACCGCCGUCUAACUAGCUCUGGGCACUUUUGGAUGGAUUGGGAGGCCUACACAGAGCCGCACCUUGUGCGUCAAACGUUUCUGAUUUCGGCGCUGUAAUUAUUGACAUCCGUCCAAGGAGUGUUACAAUGAAUCAAUCACCUCUGGCGGCGUGGUUCGUAGUAAAGAGCUAUGAUCACAGACUUUGCAAUAUCCGUCUUAAAGCU